GCUUGUCCAGUUGGUUGGUUGCAAUACCAGACCUCCUGCUACUUGUUGUCGAGUGAGAUGGCAAAUUGGAUGAAUGCUACAGAGAGAUGCACAAGUUUAAAUUCUCAGUUGGUGACCAUUGCAAACAGAGACGAAAAUGACCUCGUCGCUUCCUUUGCCAGUAGUUUCUUUUGGAUAGGCGCUGAAUGGAAUGAAACCACGUUAAACUAUUCUUGGGCAGAUGGUUCAAAUAUUUCAUUUACUGAUAGAUGGAAAAACAAAAAAUAUAGUACAGAUUUGUGUGUGGGUAUCUGUGGCAGCGUGUCAAACAAUAAAGAAUGUGAAAACAUGAGCGAAUGGUACCAAGAUGACUGCUUUCAUCUUCAUUACUUUGUAUGUGAAAGAAAAGGUAAGUGACUUACGUACAGAGAAGAAAAAAAUUGAUUUAUGUCACUUAAAACACGAUAUAUGAGUUCAAUUCCAUUAAUCCAUUCUUCUAUUUCUUGGGGGAAUAAAAUCUCAAACUAUAAAGUUAAAGGGCUGAUUCGUUUUUAAACAUUUUAUUUAUUGACAUUUUUCUGCGGAGCCUGUUGCAAAACAAACUUCGUCCAUGUUUACAAAGACACUGUCGUUGUUAUUGCUGUCGUGUAUUUUUCUUCUCGUUCAUGUUCUACAGAACACCAAGCCUAGUGUUUACCAUUUGUAAUAGACUAAGAUAGUCCAGAUGACUGUAGUCCUGACUGUGAACUUUUCGGGAAGACAAUCAGCAAAUGGUAUGACUCCUUAAGGUUCAAGCUUAGCGUUAUUUGCUAAGUGGCUAAGGUUUUCCUUUAUCGACAGCUUAUCAGCAAGCUGAAAAUCUUAAAUGCAACGACACGUCACUCGGAUUUGAAAAUGGGCUCUUCCCUGAUGAAAACAUAACAGCUUCCUCAACAUUCCUUGAUAAAUACCCAGCAAAAGCGCGGUUAGCAGGAGAAGAAGCCUGGUGUCCACAAACAAAAUCGUCCCAGGAAUAUUUGGAGAUCUCGUUAAGCUCAUUACACAGCAUUUGUGCUAUAGCAACACAAGGAUUUCACAAGAUUGGUGCAUUUACGACGACAUACCUUCUACAGCUAUCAACAAAUGGUACACGCUGGGAAUGGUAUAUGCAAAAUAAUGGAGAUAGAGAGGUAAAAUAUGAUCCAAAUAUUUAAUAAAAACUCAGACGUAUUCUGCUUAAAAUGCAUACACUGCCCACCUGCUGAAUUUUUUUUUUCGCUCGAGGAGGGCGUUUCUCGUAUGACCUCCAGCUCAUGCUAACAACAAAAAAAAUUUUCAAACUCAUAAUGUUUUACUUUGAAACUAAACUUUUGGAUUACAAAAAAAUUCUUGCAAAAUGGAAAACUGUACAUGCAUGAAGUGCAUAUGAAAAGAAGUACACACCUGCAACCCCGCCUGGUCAAACCUCUUGGGACACUAAUUAACGCAAUAGCUGGUCAAAAUGACACAUUUUCUCUUCCCCUCCCCCUCCCCCGUGCAGUGUUGACGUUAUGCCUUGAAGUCUUUUUCAACAAAGUCAGCAUUGCUGAGGGAAAAGGGGGACAGCAGAAAAAGGCUCUUACAACAACAUUUUCAAGCUUUUAUAAGAAGUAAAAUACGAGUUUGUUCAGGCAAAGUGCGUUUUCACGUCUCAUUUCUACAAGCACCUCAAGACGUUUUGACCAGCCUGUAGGUAUGCAACGUGCGCGAAUGUUAAUAAUGGUAAAAACUUCUCUAAUGUUCUUAUAGAUAUUACAAGGCAACGUGGAUUCGUAUGGGAUUGUUAAAAGCGAAUUUCGAUUCGCGCCCAGGGCUCAGUAUGUGCGUAUCUGGCCAGAAUCGUUUUGUGUUCAUCCGUGCUUAAGGAUUGAGAUUUAUGGAAUUCCGGUCAAUAAUUUUACAGGUGGGUAGUUUAAGAACUUGCGCGUAGAAUGUUGGGAAAGUAAAUGUAAAUUAUUAUUUAUUCAAAAUGUUUUCCCAAUUCUGAUUGGCUAAAAGCACACGCAUGAUUCACCAUAACCAGUUACUGAUGACCAAAUUUGGAAGAAUUUUGUGUUUAACGAGGAAAUGACGUCAAAAAUGCAGCUUUCUACAGGUUAAUGCACCGUUAACCGAGAAGACCUGGGGACGAGGUUGAGUUGUUGUCGUGGUGAAAACAAAGAUGGCGGAAAUUUAUGAAAACUAAAAUGGCGGACACUUCACUCGUUUCAAGAGUAAGAACUACAGCUGGAACUAGGCGAAAUUUUGGCUAAAAACAUAGCAAAAAAAAAUCAGCAAGAAGACAACUCGGAGGGCGACAUCUGCUAUUUGGAGAAUAAUUGCGGAGCUGGACAAACCUAAACGUACACUAUCGAAGAUAAAUUUAACAUCGAUGCAGGCAAGCAUGUUUUAGCUAUGUCUUUAAACUAGGAAUUAUUUUGAAUGAAUAAUAAGGCCUCUGUGGAUAACACCCUCCGAGAUCUGCUUAAUUCUUCAUAUCCUACGAAAGCCGAAUUCAUUAAUUGCUAAAUAAUGUCAAGAGGUUGAUUAGCGGUCUUGGUCAAGUGUGUUUUUGUGAGGAAAAUGUGAUUGAUUGGUAAUACUUUUUUAAGAUAAAUAUAGCUGAGAAUUUUCUCGAAUGACGUACAAGGUUUUAUGCCUUUACGUGCAAUUUGGUCAAGUGAACGGAAUAUUACUAGCUUUUUUUUCCGAGGGAAGUUAAGGAAACUGCAGGGCCAGGGGGAAGGUAACUCUAUUGUUUUCCACCUAAGUUUCUUGACCCACUCCGCCUGCCAGUAUGACGUCACAUAGCAACGGGAAAGAGUCUCGGGUCGCUUGUGCAAAUUAGCAAGGGAUACGACAGUUAUUUGGACGAGCGAGGUCGAGGAAAAGCUAAGAAGCUUGCAAAUAUCGCUAUAUAUUGCUUAUUCGAUCGAAUGUGGGUGAGCUUUGGUGUUGCUAUAAUCUGCUUGUGUAAACCGUUUUAAUAUUUUGUGUCCGUGAUCGCAUAAUUUUGUUAAUUUGUUUUGCGGGCCGUGUUGCGGGAUCGCCAUCUAUUUCAUGGGACCAGCAAGGUCAUCAAGAAUUAAUUAAUUCUCUAAAAUAGGCAAGGUCUAGUCUCCAGAAUAGGAAGUUCCAUUCACAGAUUACAAAUGUUUAUAUUUCAUCUAUUCUUUUGCUAACUAAACGGGCCUAACUUCAUAUCAUUCCUUUCGAGUGUGGGCCUCUGUUUAUCUCCUACUUCUCUACCAAAUUCAGUCAAGCUUCCCAACUACUUUUGUCCGUGAUUGUCUUGAAAUUCUGGGUGUGGUCAUGAAGAAACAAAAGUCGACGACUUUCUAUAGUAAAGCACGUCUUUAAAAAAGACACAGAAUUGGUACUCUCGUGAAAAGUAAGAGUUACUGUGCGUUGUUUUUAUCAUUUCAGGCGAAAUAAAAUGGCUAAUACAAUUAGGUUAUGAUUAUUAUUUUUUGGAACAUAAGGGCAUGCAUUGUUAUGAUUAUGUUUUUGUCGGGACAGCUUCAAUGAGUGAUAUCUGUAAAGUAUUUCACGUGUUUAAAGUUCUGUUGUCAUUUAUGCGAAGGGGAGGAGUCGAAAUUGUUUUGUAAUGCGAAAGAUAAUUUGUUUUGGCCUGUUUGAAAGGUCUACGGACAACGAUAACAACCCCGAAAAUGGCAGAGGUAAAUGAUACUUUGCGAAACCGUGAGCAGCGACUUGUGUAUCUUGUGACAUAUAGCAGAGCCGAUGUAGAAAAAGUUGCGACAAGAGAAGCAUUUGCCGAAAAGGUCUCACUAGGGUGGAUGGAAAUGACGGGUGUUAAGGUUGUGCAGUGGGUUGUUGCGCGAGAAUUACACGCUGAUGCAGGUGUUUCAGAGAGCAAUUCCCAUUAUCACAUGGCAAUGAAACUGGAAAAACGUGCUCGCUGGCUGAAGGUACGCCAAUUCUUAGACGACCGCUACGGCAUAAGGGUGAACUUUAGCGCCGUACACAACACAUACUACUCUGCGUACAAAUACACCACAAAGGAAGAUGACUUCUGUGUUCACUCAGAGGGUCACCCAGACCUAAGCAAUGCGCGUCCACCGAGAACUGAGAAGGCAAUCUCAGGAAACAAGAGAAAAGCAGUUGGCCGUACUGGGGGUAAGAAAACGAAACGAAAGCGUGGUCUUUCAGUGUACGAGGUUGCCCAGUUUAUCCAGGCUAAGAACGUAAAAUCACGGCUACAGCUUCUGUCUAUAGCAGCUUCACAAAAUCGGGAAGGCAAGACAGAGCUGGCGGAAUUUAUAUGUAACAGGGGCGGAAAAGCAGUAGAUGAGUGUCUGGCUAUCGCGCAGGAGUUGGCAACUGCGGAAGCGAAGUAUGAAAGGUCACAGAAGACUCGCAUGCAACUUCUACACGAAAGCUACUCUGCCGAAUGCGUUGCGAGCUGUGAGGGGAAGUGGCUAGAGGCGGCAGUUAACCUCCUCAAUAGAAAUGAAAUCAGCGUCAGUGUUUUCGCCCAAGCUGUGUUGAUGUUGCUGGAAAAAGGAAGAGGAAAGUACAGAAACCUGUUUAUACAUGGAGUUGCCAAUUGCGGGAAAAGUUUCGUGCUCGCCCCAUUGAAAAGCAUUUAUGGCACUUUUUGUAAUCCCGCCACUGGAACUUUUGCCUGGGUUGGUGCAGAAGAGGCGGAAAUUAUUAUGUUGAAUGAUUUUCGGUGGAAACCCUCCAUAAUAGCGUGGGCUGACAUGCUCCUGUUGCUAGAGGGAGAUAUAGUGCAUUUACCAGCUCCCAAAAAUUUCUCGAAACGGGACAUUGAGCUUAGCAACGAUACCCCUAUCUUCGCAACAUCAGACGCGCCAAUUGUUUACAUACAGGGGGGAAGUGUUUGCCACGCAAACACUGAAAUGAUGAACGUAAGGUGGAGAUUUUUCCACUUCUGGAGACAAAUUCCACCAGCUGAACAACUCCAGUUAAUUCCUUGUGGUCACUGCUUUUCGAAACUCAUUUUAGACAACAUCACUGAGUAGAGUCUUUUAAAAUAACUUAGAGUAGCGCGCGUCUAUUGUCUUCGCUAAUCUGAUUACACAAUGAGUCAAAAGGCGCAGACAUGAGAGGCCACAUUACUCCAUUUAAGUAGCCGAAAUUAUUUCGUUUAUAGUAGCUCCAAAGAGAAAAAAGUUAUAUUGAAUUGUGCAGGACUUUGAAUGGAGUUAGUGCUAUGCUUUUUAAGGGCCAUUUUAGCGUUUUGGUAAGGAAAGUACCACAUUACUCCGCAGCUAGCGUUUAAAUUAAACUUGACCUAACUAAUUGACCUUUAUUAGACACUGUUUCAAUGGAGUAAUGUUGAAAAUCACUAGUUACAUUUAUUUCUGUGGAAAACUGAAGGAAAAAUGGAACAUAUUCUAAUACGGUUUACAUAUUUUUGUACUUUGUUCGCAAGAAUGUUGGUUCAUUGGUGAUGUAUUUGGGACUUUCUUAUGGAGUAAUGUGGUGGAGUAUUGUGAAAAUCGUUGUGGUUUACUGUUCUCAAAAUAGCUUAAUGAUUGACAGGUGACGCCAUUAGCGUGAAAAGAUAACCACACUGUAAAUUGUGGAAGCUCCAAUUUAUUAUAUUAUUCCCUUUAUGACAUCGUCAGUACAUGUAAACAUAAUAUAGUGUAAAAACUGAAGUAUGUUACCAUUAAAAUACCUUGUUUACGUUUGUUUAAUACUUGGUUCGACAACCCUUUCCUUCAAUAAUUGAUAGAACUCUAUUGGACAUACUUUCUAUGGUUUUAUCAAUGACAACAGGAUCCAUCUCGCUAAAUGUGCGCAACACUCUGUUUUUGAAGUCGCCAAAUGAUUCUUUGUUGAUGUGUUUUUCAAUCGCUUCUUCGUCUAAUGAAUCUUUGACAAUAUGAAAAAUAGAUUCACAUGGGUUCAGGUCUGGCGAGCGAGAAGGUAUCUUCGAAAGUUGGCAUUCAAUUUCUCUUAGAGCACUCAUAGCUAAUUUGGACACCUGACUUGGAUCGUUAUCCAUAACAAAUAGACGUUUUCCAUCUCGUUUUGGCCCUGCACGUCCGAAACAUAAAUUAAAAUGUUGCCUAAUGAAAUUAGCAAAGAACUGGCCAUUCAAUUUCUCAUAGGGCUCUUUCAGAAUAACUCCUUUUCCGUAAGCUAUUGCAACCAUUACGUGCAGCCUUUUUCCUCCCGCUAAAUCUUUCGAGCCUUUGCUGGUUACUUGCAAGCCUUCGCUUUUUUGACGCCAUACUCUUGCCUUUGGAGCCAUUGCUGUGCUCAUGGGAUUGGUCUUGUAUACGAAAGACACACCAUCUAAAUAAAAAGCUACUUCGUCAGUCCAAAAACCUGGCAAAUCUCGUUCGUAGCGUGCCAUUUUCCUUGCAUACUGAAGCCGGUCUUUUUUGUCACUUUCUUUCAGAAGACCCUUUUUUCUAGCUUGUAAGAACCAGAAACCCAUCUCAUUUAAGCAUCUGGAAUACGUGCGAAUACUUGCGGUUUGAAGGCUUAGUCCACUAUAAGUGACAAGUCUCUUCACAGUUACGGCUACACCUUGUCUCCUCAUUUUCAAGAGGUUUCUUUUCAAUAACCGCUUCAUACGGAGUGAAAUCUUUCUUCGUCGACCGCGUUUCCUUGAGUGGCCCGAGUUUUGUCUUUGAAAAAGAUUCUCAUUGCAAAUUCUUUCGGCGGAGGAGGUUGAAAUGUUACAUUUCUCAGCAAUUUUCGGAUAACUCAGGCCAGAUUCUUGGCGUAAAAAUAUUGCUAACGCUCUUUUCUCUGGAGGUAUUUUUCCUCUGAAUACCAUGGUGUAAUCAAUAGAUUGAAAUUAUUUAUUUCUGUAUUGGAAAAUCAACAGCUUGUUAUAUAUAGGUUUUGGGAAUUCGGAGCCUAAGAGAAUACAGUCUAGAAAAUUCCGCACUCAUGUCACACCCCUCUCGGCCCACAGGUUUCACGCAUACGUGUGCAACUAGAAUUUUCUGGUGUUUCUCGAAAACGUUUAUUGUCCCUAAGCCUCCUGCUAACUGUAGUUGUUUUUCAAGUUGUUUCUCUUUGUUUCGUCUUUAAAAUCAUCGCACUCACUGAAAUGACACAAAGUGAAACUGUGUAACUGAACAGAGGCAAAAAUGCAUAACAACAAACGUGUGACAUUUAGUACUAAUUGCUCUCAUGUCUUCUAAUUUUAUGUAAUGAAACAGACAAGCUAUGGCGAUUCUUUCCACUUUCUCCAAACAAGGAAACUUCAUUUAAUCUAUCGCCGGAAAGUAAGGAACAUAAAGGUUUUUUUCCGACGUUCUUAAAAACACAAUCUACACAUGCUAGUGGAUUUUGUGGUCACGCUUUGACAUGUCACGCAUGCGAGAUACAAGGAUCUCAUGAUGGUGAUUUUAACGAAACUAAAGCUUUAUUCCAUUUUAUAUACCCAUCGUAAAGUACAUUAUCAAUAGAUUUCCAGGGUGAGAAAUCUCAGCGAAAUGUUAAAAGCCACAAGUUUUACAAGCGUUCAAAGACAAUUGUCUAUUCUCACACAAUCAUCGUCAAAAAUGUUGGGAAGGUUACCAAUUUUUACCUUUUUUGUACUUGUCCCCCCCCGCCCCUGGAUCAAUGUUGGACAAAACUAAAUUGUUUUUGUGCGUAAUUGUUGUUACAUGUCCCAACAUUGAAUAGGGGGCGCGGGGGGUAUUCAGGAGAAGAACAAAUAAUCUUUUUUUAACAUAGACAUAAGGCGUAUGAAAUGGAGCAAUAAUGUUGCUAACUUAUUCCACCUUCCCAACUACUUUUGUCCGUGAUUGUAGUUCGAUCGAUUAUCUACAUCGAGUGGGCCCGUUGAACCGGAAAUAAUGCGAAAUAGCUCUGAAAUACGCGCUUAAGCUAAUUUUCCUCUAAUGUAUAUUUGAAUUCAUGAUAAAUACAGCUCCACCAGCUUCAAACAGCGUCUAUGGCCGCGAAAAAUUGUUUUGAUAUGACAAAAUAAAUUUAACAGUUCAUGUGCGUCACUGUGGUGCAGUGGUCAAGGAGUUGCUUGCACGUGCAGAUAAACCGGGUUCGACUCCCGGCGACGCUGUUUUCGGUUUCUUUAUACCGUCUUUUUUUUUUCUGCUUGGCCGAUUUUUUUUAAACACUAUUUUUCCCUUUGGCCUUUUUUUCUUUAUUCUUACUGCUGACCCUGCUGGUCAAGCACUUGGAUCAAUAUAUAUUUUAAGCCCGUGAUCUGCAUACUGGCCAAGCUUACGACCAGACUGAAAAACCAUAAGCUGUCAAGACAUGUCCCUCCUCUCAACGUUAGUUGACAUCAUGACAAACAACACACAGUACACUACAAACUGUACUAGUUUACACCCAACACCCAUCAGUGACCCACUGGCGAAAUUUAAACUUGCCUUUUGUACAUCUUCCUAAUCAUCAAUAUUAUUACCCUAAAAUCUCCACUGGGUUUGCCACAAAAAAAUAAUUAAACGAAACCUUUUCUUGAUUUUCGGGAAUUAAUUACAGAAUUACAGGUGUAUGCCCAAUACAGUAUUAAAAUGAGGAAACGCAACAAGAUUCAAUGCUCACAGUCUGUCACAAAUACCUGUCAUUUAGCUUCCUCUUUCAACGCUACAGCUAAGCGAACUUUGAGAGGAAUGAUAUGGGGUUCCACUAGCUCUGGAGAGCUGAAAAUACGCAUAAUGUAAAGUAUAAUACAUCCUCUGAUGAACCUCCUAUUGCUGUGUCUAAACUCCUCAAUCUUGCUGUGCACUGGCCCUCAAAAUUGUGACCGAUCGGUAUGAUUGCCCGUAAAAUUUGCUCGACGAUAGAAAGGAAUCUUUAAAAUUCAUUACACCACUGGACAUUUCAUUCCAAAAAAGUACUUAAGUCUAGUUUUCUAUGACAAGAGAAACCUUAAAAUCUCUAAAUCCAAGAAAUCGGAACAGUAUUUCCGUGAUAAAAUCGAAAUAUUUAUCCGUCUCUUCGAUGAACACUUUGCUCGCCAUUUUGAAAGUCACUGACGCGAGACGUGACGUCAUACUGGCAGGCGGACUGCCUGCCCCCUUGGGAGACUGACAAAUUGAUGGCAAAUUGGAGUUAUUAAAUAAUUCUGUUAAAGCAAUUUUUUAAACAGUUCUUCUGUUUGUUGGUCAGUUUUUUUGUUGAUUUUUAAUGACUUGUAGGAUUUAUCCCUCUUGCGCCAAUUGAAUUCCGAUUUUUUACUUGAAUUUUGUCUUCCCGGAUUUCUUACGUAGAUUUCCUUUGCUCGCCUUCGCUGAGCUGUUUUGGUAUCAUGUUUUAUCCAACGCCUUCAGAAAUAGUACUAAUCAGAAAGGUAAAACCCAUUGCAUACUCCGCGGUAUGCAACUAGUGGUGCGUAUUGCCGGAAAAAAAUCCGGCUGCCAGAGUGCUCGCUGCGUCCACGUUUUCCUGCUGAUAAAAUAGCAGAUGUCGAUAGACAGAUAAUGACAGACAAAGCUUUCCUCUCUUCUAAAAAGUAUUUAUUAAAUAGUAUGUGUUAUAGUUACCAAAAAUGAUUAUGAUUAUUAUUAUUAUUAUUACUAAUGAGGGUCUUCCUUAUACAAUAGGCACAAUAGGCUUGCCUAGACUUGCCCGGGCUCUUUUAAACCUGAUUGGUUCAUGUAGAAUCUAUUAUGUGUUCCAACUAAAAGCGGGCAGUUUUUGAAAGCGCUAUCGUUCUUGAAAUCCUUUUACUAAGGAAAUAAAGUCUUACUAUUACCAAUAUUCUUUAAAACAUCGCUUCAAACAUGCAAGUCGAAUCGAGCGUUACACCUCUGUUGACCUCUGUUGACAGAAGAUAAAGCGAGUUCUUUACCUGAACAGUUCUGCCCGUUUCAUCCCUAUUCAACGUUGGAAAUGGUAGAAAAAGCGCAAGGAUUUUGCUGUGUGUACUGCUCUGAAAAAAAAAUGUGCUUUAUGUUUGCCCCCGCUUCAGAAUGAAAAGAGGACGUAGAGCGGAUCACGCACUAUGCACACUCUGAUGUGAAACAAAAUGCAGCUCAGUUGGUCUGUGAUUGUUGUAACAAGCCUGCACUGAGAAAAAGUAAACAGCCUUGGAGCCAGGAUCGCAUGUUUCUGACAUGUUACAAAAAAGAGUGUAACUUUUUUAUGUGGAUAGACCAGCCAAUGUCGCAUGGUAUCAAGGAGCGGCUCUCGUAUAUUCACCUCAGCCACAGGUCACAAGAUUCCAUCCUUAUGAAGAGAUAAAAAAAACGACUCCAAGAGGCUAAACAGAAAGCAUUAAUCCAGUACCAAUUAUACACGCAAAUAUGACGAAGACUUUGAAAUGUGUGACAACGAGUUUAACAGUUUAGGAAGUCCUAACAUCUUUCAUGGGUUUCGAUACAGAGAAUGGAUGCAUGAAGUAUGGGAAUCGUGCAAGUUUAUGUCCGAAAAAUUAAAGAAGACUCUCCAGACGACCCAGAUGCUACACUUUGUUUAGAAAAAAGACGACGUGCUGCGCCAGGCGUAUUACAAGUACGCAAGAGAGGACGGGCAUCACCUCGAAAUUAACCGAGUUUUGAAGGUUUUGCAUUGAAGGCAAACACGUACCUUUUCAACGUUAUGUGAUCACCCCCGAAGAACGUGAAGAGAUUGAAAACGAUAAACAGUUACCUACCUAUUCAAGGGCUUUUGUACAAGAUGCACGCAGAUCAAACUGUAUCGCUACGCUUAACAAUAUAAGGAACCCUUAUUGUCUUCCUGUUUGUUCUAAAUCAAUGAAACAAGUUUGUUUGGAAUAAUAAAUUUCAUGUAACAUCCUAAAUAGACAAAAAGUUGUAAGGAUUGUGAAGUCAUCAAUAAGACACACUUAAAAUCUGGUUGUUUACAGUUUUUAUUGAAACAGAACAAUACGAAGGUCGAGGAAAAAAAAUUCUAAAACAUUCACAGUAGGACUAGUCUUGAUCUUGUGGAAUGGGCCUGCUUUUCGUAUAAUCGAUUGAGUAAGUUUUUUAGCUUAUCAAUCGCUAGUUCUGUUGAUUCCAACCAAUCAAAUCCUUCUGUAUCUUCAAGCUCUUUUGGGGUUUCCAUCACUUUUUUGAAGGUGGGAUCUUUUUUCAUUGCACGAAUCCAGUGUAGAUUCUCUAAGAGUACUUUUCUCAGCUUUUUUAUGUAAACAGGAACAAGAGCGUUUUCGUUUGCUUCUGCUUUGAAAAUGGAAUAAUAAUUACUCAGAGGUAAUACGGUGUAAAGAGUUGCAGAGAAAAACAACAAAAACUUGCCAAUUUAUGACGAAAAAUAUACUUAAAAAACGAACUAAAAUAUUCAAAACGCUCUGAUUACGUGAGUUAUGACGUCGUGUCCCUCUUUUAGUAAAGAGAAAAAUUAUCAGGUAGAACAUUACUUUCCUGCAAAUUUUCUCUACCGUGUGAUGAAACGUCAACUUACUACAGCCCUCGCCCUAGUCUCCCGACUUUUUCCAUCAUGUUCAUUACCCCCUGACGUCAACUGAUGAUUUUUAAAUGCCCCACACGACCAAAACCUCAAAUAAACUGUUUAUUUUUAACCCAAUAAUGCCAUCUUGUCACAGCAACCGGAAAUAGUCCCGUGACUGAUGACGUCAUCACCCUAGAUGUGACAUGGGAAGAUAUUUCAUGGCAAAUGUUAUGUUGUUGUGGUCUGACAUUCUUCUAUGUAUAAAAUUGUCAAAGUUAUAAAGCUUUUAAAAAAGUUCCCUCAAAGGAUUCUGGGAUAAUUUUUAUGAUCAUUAUAAUUUACUUUAAUAAUUAUUGAGUAUUUUCGAACCCAAAUAAUAAACUCUGUUUGCCUGCUUGCAUGUAAUGUUAACGUGCCGUUUCGCAAGGUAUCAUCACUUGGCAAUGUCUUGCAAUUCACUUUCCUCUGCAUUUGGCACCGGAAAAUAUUCUAUCUGCUCACCACUGAUAAAUCACAUUAAUUUGGUAAACUUUUUUUAGUACUUGUUUACUACAAGCUGACAAAAUAAUAGACAAUAAUUCAUUUCGCUUUUACUCAAUAAACUAUGGCAUUGACCUUUUUUCAUGUGAUUGGCUUUUUAUGCUGUUUUCACUGAUAGGGAUUCUAUUAGAGCUUUUAGACGUGAUUUGUUUCUUACAGGUCCCGUAGAUGGUCCACCAAUAAAUAUCUCUGUUACCUAUUUAACCAUGCGAUCAGCCCUGGUAGCUUGGCAAUUACCACUCUACGUCGUCAUGUCCAGAAAAGAAACUUACCUAAUGAAACUAUUACUUUCGAAACAGGGAGAAAAAAUUGUUUAUAAGUUUCAAUCAGACCACUAUAACCGGAUUAUAAUGGAAUUAGAAUUGUACACUGCUUACUGUGUGUCAGUGCUAGUUUCUCACAGCAUAAGAGAUGGUCCGUGGAGUGAAUGUGUCUCUUUCACAACACCUUCAGGUAUUUUGUUAUUUUGCUUACUUGAAAAGUUCCUUAAACUAAUACUUUUUCUUGAUUAGAUUGGAAUAGGUAAAUAGUUGGGUAAGAUUAAAUUCGCAUGUAAUAAGAAAAACAAAAUCAAAAGAAAUUCAAUUGUAAAACGUAAAGUCGCGAAAGACACAGCAACCCAAUGAAAUUGUCUCGUGCAAUCUGUACCUUUAAGGCUGAGGCCUGAGGCCUCGUCUAUAUGGAGAAAAAAUGUUCUGGGUAGACGGGUCCACCCUCCAACUGUGUCCACUUUAGUGAGCGUUUAUAUGAGAAAAAAAUUAACCCCUCUCCAGGAGCCAAUGCUCUGGUUGUCUCGCCUUAAAGAGUUGAUCUAGCUGGGUGCGCCAAGGCCUUUGUAUAGAGAAAAAUACAUUUCCUUACAAAACGAGGCGAACCGUUAACAAGAGAAGAAAAAAAUUGGCUCGGCUAGGAGGGUGACCCGCCGAGGGGGCUCAGCCUUCUAGCCAAGCCAGCAUGUUUUGUAAGGAAAUAUAUUCAAAGUUGGUUCGUCCAGGUUAGCUCGGGUAUGCUGGUGACCCUUUUUGUUUGGGACAACUUUUCUCCUUUUAAACGUCACCUUUGAAAUGGAAAUGGAUUACAGGACUGUGCCACUGUAUUCACGUUCGUAUUUUGAACGAGCUUUUAGCUCCUAGACGUAACGUGUCAAAAUAAAUGAUUAACUGAUUGAUGAAAUGAUUGAUUGGCCAAAGCGGAAAAUACCAUAAAAUUCCCUGAUUUCCCAAUUGGGUUGGUGCUCCAUGUAAAGUCAACUUUUGCAAUAUCUUUUGUUCUCUGCACGUUUUGCACGUGCAAUGCAUCAGCUUCUCGAAAAUUUGCAUACACUGAACGUGUAGUUAGGUUUACAUGAAGCCCCACCCAAACGGCGGUAAAAAAGAAUAUUGUGGUUUUUUUUCUGUUUUGCCCAAUUCUAGCUGUGUUUGAGGGUUUUUUUUUUUUAUUUUAAUCAAUUUAUUUAUUAAUGAUGUACUCUGGGCUUCAGUUUUCGGUGUAACGUAAAAAACAAUCUAACCAAGAAUAUCAAGCAUUGUAAAAUACACUCUCACCUCUUAGGAUUGCAUGUGCAGCGAUUUGCACCGCGUUUUGUCUUUUUAGCUUUUGCCCAUCUUUUUGCCCAAUUGUACUUUUCUUUUUGUGCAUUUUUUUGUCCAAUACGAAUUAAGAGUUGAGAAAAUAUCUUUCACAGUAAUUUCUAUAAUAGAAAAAAAUGUGUUUGUUUUUCUUGUCUUUUUUCUUUCUUUUUUUUUUCUCCACCGAGACUGUGCAAAUAGCUGAUACCACAUAUAUAUGACUAUGGACUUUUCCCUGAUUAAUCUGACGUUGCAUUGAGUCAUUUGACAUAAUUAAAACAUAUUAUUUCCAGGGCUGGAAUGUCAUCUUGGGUUGUUUACUAUAUGGUUUUAAAAUUUUCUUUUACUUUACAGUAUGCCCAGAUGGAUGGAGCUGUUAUGGUGGCCAUUGCUAUCGAGCAUUCAGUCAGAAUAACUCAUGGAAAGAUGCCAAUAACCACUGUCUUAAUAAAAAUUCUGAAUUAGUUUCAAUUCACACUCCACCUGAAAAUCAGUUAGCAGCUUCCUUAUUGAAUCCAGGCUCUCAGUGUGCGUGGCUUGGAUUACGAAAUGAAGGCAUUAAUACCACGUGGACAGAUGGUUCUUUAGUCAACUUCACAAUUUUGAAUGUUUUUGAGGGCAGUGGUAAUCCAGACGUCAAAUGUGUUGCAUAUGUUGAACAAAAUAAAUCAUGGACAGCGAUGUCCUGCUCAUUUCAAUGUACUGAUUUCCUGUGCAAGAGAAAGGGUAAGUCAGCCUAGCGAUUUUUUGGGGAGAGGGAAGGAUUGAUAGAGCAUGAAAGGAUAAUUAAUACGAAAGGAAUUAUUACCCAUAAAUCAAAAAAAGUACUUACCUUAAGCCGCACUUUAAAGUCUUCUGUUUUCAUGUAAGAGCACUUUAUCCACAAAUGUAUACCCAGGGAUGGGCGUCGGGUUGCAAAGCUUCGCGGACGAAGGCGAUAUAUACCCUGACACCCUACUCUCAGUACGUUCACAAACAACUCCCUGCCCGUAAAGUUAUCUCUUGUUCGCGAAUCGUAUAUCUUACGGAAUAAGGGACUGUAAACAGUCCACUGACUGACAGGAGCUUCAUGUUUUGUUUUUUUUUUCUCGCCUCGGAGAGGUCUUUAUUAUAGGUAAUCCUGAUAUAUUAUUUCAAAUAUUGUAGCAUUUGCGCCAACUAAAAACUAAAAAGAAAGUUUCGUUUGAAUCACAGAUUACAACCAGCAAGACUGUUCAGACCGUCCCCUUGGUAUGGAAAAUUUAGCGAUUCCAGAAACUUCGUUAGCUUAUAAAAAACAGUUUGUCGGAAAUGACACGCUUUCUCCUCGCCUGAGUUCUUCAGGAGGAUUGUGUUUUGACAGAAGCGUUGAUGCUUAUCUUAGAGUAAACCUACGAUCAAGUCAUUUCAUUUGCGCCAUUGGAACGCAGGGACACUCUCAUAAAGACUGGUAUGUUCUCGAAUACACGAUUGAGCUUGCUGCAUCAUAUUCCAAAGGCGACUAUUAUAUGGAAAAUGGAAACAUAAAGGUUUGUGUCGUUGAUGGUACAAUUACAAUUCCUAUUUUAAUAGUCAGAAUUUUCAAACCCCUCUAACACAGAACACGUAAAAAAUCUAAAGGAAACAACGCGUAACUAUGUAAUAUAUUUAAGCCUUUGGCGACAGCCAUUUAGCAGCAACUGAUCCGCCUUUUUACCAAAUUUUUCUUUUUGGAUCGGUUGUCGGUGAAUUAGCAAGGGAAUGGCUAAACGAAAUUUCUAUGAUCUAACACUGAAAGGCAAGCUUUGCUUUAUAUACUGACACUACGACGUAUUAAAGCGAGGCCUAAGGGUCACAUCGCAAUUAAAUUGUAUAACGUGGCAGACGAGCACCCUAAAACAACGACAAAAAAUAGUUCUCACAAAUCCUGUGCUUUGCAAUAAUCGUUCCGAUUAUAGGAAAGACAACCUUUUUUAUGUAUUUCCGAAGGAUCCUUGCCAAAGUUAGUUUCUCCACUGUCCACUUUCCAACGCUUGUUCAUUUACUAUUACUACUCCAGGAAUAUCUUUUGAGGUUAAUUUUAAAUCACAAAUUCUUCUUGUUUUCCCCGCCCCAUUUACUUUUUUUGAAGUUUGCGGAAAAUCUGGUGUCACUUAGACUUCUCUUUCAUGCUUACGUCGUAUGUGUGUAUUGGACAACUUUCACGAUGACGACAUUUUACUUCAACUACCGGAAUUCAUUUCAUUUUGCUUUCUUAUUUAAAUUUGUCAAUCCCACUGAGGUAUAAAAAAAUGCCCUUAUUUGCACAAGAAAACAACAACUAACUGAAUUAUUCUGGCAGUUGUAGUAAAAUGAUGUCAUCUUGCAAUUGUCCUAUCAAGGAAUUAUUUGAUUGUUUGUUUAUUCCUUUUAUCACAUGCGUGCAAGCCAUUUUUUUAAUCAAAUAUAUUUCGAUGUUUUUUUUUCUCGAGUUUUGUUGCUCACUUUACGGUUUUUCUUUCGGGUGGAACUGUGGCUGGCUAACUUUCCAGGUAAGGAACAAAAUAAAUCUGCAAAAAGAAGUAGGUCAAUAGCAAAAUUGGCAGUGGAUGUUUCCCCAAAAUGUUAAUUGGCUUUUUGUGUGUAACUGUGUCAGGAUUUUUCGAAAUGUGUAAAAUGAAGUACCUGUAGAAAGAUGAAUCUUUGCUGUUUUCGCUGCUUGCCAAAUGGCUUAAACGGGAAGCUUUUAAAAUUGUUCCAGGAAAGAAAAUAUGCAAUUUUCCAUAUGGAACCGAAACGACCAAAGCGGUCGACAAGGGAUAUAACUGUACAUCAACUAUGAAAACGAUAAACAAGAGCGGACCUAAAAUAGAGCUUUGUAGAGCUCCGAAUGUCACUGAGAGGGAGCUGGGUAAUACACUACUGACGCUAACUUUCUGUCGGUGCCCUUCAACAUAUAACGUGAACCGCCUAGUGUGAUGCGUCUGAGAGUUAGUAAGUUGCAAACUCCCUGAGCAAGACCCCAUUGUCAACCAGUUCAAAAGCCAAGUUUUAGGAAAUCGAUUAGAAAUUGUCCUGUCGCAAGACCAUUCUUCGUGUUAGCUAACAGAUUAGCCCAGAACUCAAGUACGGAAGAUUCACAAGAGUUGGUACUGGAAUAAUCGCUUAGCUUAGUUACUCGCAAGUUGAUAAAUGGACAUGGCGUUCGCGAUCGAGUACCUUAAUAAACAAUACAGGCAGAAUGCUAGUGAGUUGUAAAAGCCAACGUUGAGAUGAUCGCUAGCUCUGAACAUUGGCGUAACAUAUGAAUUUUUUGUUGUAGCAGGGAUAGCUGACUUUCUGAAAGGCAUAGAUUUCUAAUUUUUUCUAGUGAUUGUUAAUACAGGAGCAGUUUAAUUUCCUAUAACAGACACACCUUAUUCCAUCCAGUCGGGUACGUAAACGUAGCUUUUGUAGGAUGGUGUUGAAACAGAAUUUUUUUUUGAUAAAGGAUUGUGUUAGCUCUGGAAAGUCAAAUGUGGUAGAGUUUGAGGUAUAGGAUGAACUGAUGUGUUUUAUGUGGAACCUAUCCAAACUUAUCCAAAUUUUAAUGGGGACUUUCCAUCCGCUUCAGAUAUUCGAGGCUAACAACAACAGAUAUGCUGUGAAAAAGAACGCCAUUCUAGAGUCUGGAGUUGUGGCAAAAUACGUGACUCUGUGGCCGACAGAUUGGGUUGAAAUGCCUUGUUUUAGAAUGGAGAUUUAUGGAAAAAGUUACCUGGAAAGAGGUGCGACCCUUUUAAGUUUUUUUUCUACACUACUGACUGUUUUAAAAACAUCCAAUUAAUUCUGUUAUCUUAUCAUUCUCUGAUUAAAGAGACAAACUUUAACCCGGCAAAACAACUCCUAUGAAUAGUUAAAAAUAAGUAAUUAUUGAUUUUUUUCUCCUCCCUUCCUUUUUUUAUAGAAGGUUAAAUUACUGAGUAAUAAUAUAAUAAAGAGUUAAAUUUAGUGGAUUUUGCACUACUGUGAUGUUAUACGUUUUUCUAGUCGUGCAAAGAAGACUUGUUGCUUCUGUUAGUGUUAUUGUUGUUGUAGCUCUUCAGUCAUCAGAGCUUCGUUGCCAAUAUUGUUUCCCUUGGCUUAUACAAAUUCUCUAUGCAUGGGAAAAGAAACUCGAUAAGCUAACAUUAUUAUCAACUGUUAUUUUCAUUUAUAUUAUUAUUAUUAUUAUUAUUAUUAUUAUUAUUAUUAAUUAUAACAGUUUUCAACAAGAAGAUAAAAUUAGGUUAUAUUGCAAAAACCACAACUCCCUGCAAAGGUAAAAACCCUCACUCAGUAACAUCUUGGCUACAGUGCGUAGGUUAAAAGUCCCACUUAUGAAGCACAAAUUGCUUUUUUCUUUGAAGUCCCUACCCGUGCACCUGAAAAUGUCUCUUAUUGGUUCUCUGCGGAUGGGUUAGAGGUUGCGUGGAGUCCUUUGCUUGCGUAUUUUCGUGGCUAUACUCUCCUGGGAUACGAGAUUGACGUCAUCGACCCAGGAAAUUAUUCGUUGGGUGUUUGGAGACAUUCCGAUGAGCCACCUUUCUGGGAAUUGAUAAAAGGAAUAAAAUCAGAGCAAGUUUAUUGCGUGGAAGUCUAUGGAUACACAACAUUUGGAAGAGGGGUUUCAAGUAGCUGUAAUGGAGGUACAAUGAAAAAUACUCUAUGAUAGACCUUCGUAUAAGCGCUUCACAUCCCCUUUGUUAGCGCUCCUUCCCCACCUUCACAACUAAAAAAACCAAACGCAAAUCCUGCAGAACUAGAAAAUGGGAAACAAUUCGUCGCUUGCUUGCACUCGUCUAGCCCUCUACUGUCCCCUCCUAACAAAAGCGCCAGCAAUGAAGACCGGGUGAUUUAUUAUGAAGUCAUUUUAUCUAAAUCGACAUAAAAUCCUCCGUGACUCAGUGCCAUUUCAAUGUCGCGGCAGUCAAGACCCUAGAAAUUCAAGCGCACCCCAUCACAAAACGAAGAAACCUUUCGAACUGAAAAUUUAUGAAAAGGUAAGUGCUAACCGGCUCUAAUACCUCAAGAAAUAAUAAAAAAGUUAGCACAAUAGGUAUUUCUUAUGUUUCAAUUUUGAUGAGGUUACGAGCAAACCAUAAUUUCAGAAAUUUCAUUUUUACGACGUCAUCACUUUAGUACUCUAUAUGGCAGGUAAUAAAGUGAAAAUAGCGAACAAUAAUCUAGUAUUAGCGGGGCAAAACUCUGAAAAGAGUUUCUGAAUUUUCUCUUUUAUCAGCCUCGAUCCCGGCCAUGAAUAACUUGAAAGAAAGCCUAUACAAGCAAGCUCUACAUUUGGGGCGAUAGCGCGAGAAUCCACUCAAGAGCCGAAAUCCAGGCUUUUUAGUGACUACGUAUGUUUUCAGAAAAGACCUGAGUUUAAUAUGACCAGAUGGCAGAUGGCGAGUUAAACAUCAACAGUGUUUAUUUCUCUCGAAAUUUCAUAUUUUGUGCUUUUUUUAAUCCCUCCUAAGCAUUCUUUUUAUACUCAGAUUAAGUUUUCUGUUAUAAAUACCUCCAAUUAUAAGAGUUUUAAGUAAAAUGGAAUACAUUUGAAGUUUGGAUUCUGCCAGUGAAUUCAACAAUAUGCAAUAUGACGUCAUAAUGACGCCAGAUUACGUCAUUGUGUCAAUCAAGUUUUACCCAGAGGUUGAAAAUGAUUUGUACAUUAUUGUGUGUAAUGUUAGUCGCCGUAGGAUAAGCGGUUUUGAAGUUAUAGGCCUCCUUCCCGGUCGUAGGAAGCAAAAAAGAGCCAGGUCUGAGGGUUAAAGUCGCUUAUUCGCAGUUGCCUGAAAGGCGUGUAGAAGUUUCGGGCUCUUUUAUCGUUAUACACAGUAAGCGGUACAAAAUAUUGCUGGGCAAACAAAAGAUUUUGAUGAACAGUAAUCCUCCUUUACAACACUGUUUAGGGAGUAAAAUCCAAGACACUUGACUGUGUAAUUUAUUUUGUUAUUCUUUUCCCGCAGCUACUGUGAGAAUAUACCCGCCGACUAACGUCACGGCAAUCAACAUAACCUCUUCCUCGGUGGUACUUCAGUGGAAGCCAUAUGCUGGUGAUGCUUCGUUGCUAGGCUACAACUUACUGGUACUAGAACAAGGAAGCAAAGAUCAGAACUUGACACAACUGAAAGGCGAUUCUUUCAAUCUUAAUGUUUGUGCAAAUGUGACAAUGCUCAAAAUAGGAAAUCUUUCUUCAUUUACCAGAUAUUGUGUCCAAAUUCGUUUGAUCACCAAAAUGGGCAAUGGAGACCUAAGCGAAUGUUACUUUUUUUAUACUAAAGGUGUGAAUGUAAAAGGUAUAGUCGUUACAUAAAUAUAGAUACAGACUAUAAAGUGAAGGAGGACAGGGGGAUGUAAAGGCAGGGAAACGGGGACGGAAGACGAACGGGUGGGGAGUUAAGCUAGAGAAGUAAGGGGAAAUUAAGUAGCAAUACAGUUGAACCUCUCCACACCGGCCGCCUUGAGGACAGAAGAAACUGGCUGUUGUAGAGAGAUUUAAAUAAGAGUCAAUGUAUGGACUGUCAGCCAAAAAAGUGGCUGUUAGUGGAAGUUCGACUGUACUUUUACCCCCUAUUUUCGCCUUCAGAAAGGGAUUAAGGGAGAAAAGGCCAUGAAAAAGGGAGCAGUAGCUGGGAAAGCAAGGUGUAAGAUACGGGAGAUUUGAGAUUUUAAUAGUACUGUCCACUCUCCGGUUAAGGCAGUUCGAACUUUGAUCAAAUCAUCUCAUGUAUGCAUGUUAAGCAAUCGCUCUUAAGUAACUAUAUAUUAGACGAUCGUAUGAAUUAUUUCUUUGAUAAUGUUAAUCUAACAAUGUCAGGUGUUUUAACAUCUAACCAGUAAUCUCUCUGUAUCCAUAUGCUAUACACAACUUUGACUGCAGUGGUAUUGUAAAAAACGUUUACGGCGUUUUUCAGAAUUUUGUUAACCAGGGGAGGGAAAAUUAACUUCCAUGACGUCAUGAAUAUAAUGGGCGUCCAGAAUUACUGAACUGAAGCCAGGGAAAAUAAAUUCGACGGAAAGCAAACCUUACAUAACACCAGCACUGGUCAGUGAUCUUCAGUGACAUAACAAAUGGCGCGUAAAAAAGGAGCAUAUGUUUUAUUUUUUAGUAAACUAGAUGAGCACAUCCCGAAAUGAAUGUUUUUACCUAUCUUUGCCGAAUCUUACUUUCAUUUUACCCAUUUUUUGAGACAAUCUCUAAUAAUAGACCACCAAAAGUAUGCUAAGGUGCGGUUAGCAAUCAAGGUGCGUAAAAAAAAGAACUGAUGCCGUGCGGAAGAAGAGAAAUGUGGCGGUAAUGAUGAUGAUGGUGGUGAUAGUUGUAACUGUGGAUGUUAUCACAAUAGAAAUGUGAUUGUAGACUAUUUUGAUGAAAGGGUCAGUGGAAAUGGAUAGUGAAGGAGAUUCGUGCGGCGAAGACAAAAAAAUGUUGCGGAGGUAGGAUUGGGAGUGGUGGUGUGGAGGGCAAGGCGAUAUAAUGAGGAAGAGAAGAAGGGAAUCAAUUCGAGGAGGAAAACUAUAAAAUAAUGAAAACAGGAGAAGAGAGGUUAAGCAAGUUGUGUUCAGUGUUGAUAGAACUAAUUUAACUUGGCCCACAGAAAUACGUACAGAUUAACACUAAAUUUUUCAGUUACCACUGACUUCUUCUGCUUCUUGCUGCAUUUAUUAUCCAUGGUUUCGAUUUAUUGACUCUCGAAGCGCAUUUCAUUAAUAACGUUACUUAAUCCCCCCCUUCGUUAACAAGAAUCCUACAGAAAACUGAUUAGUUACUGCUUUCUACUUGAAUUACUUAGUGUUGCGACCAUGCGCUGUCGCAGGGGGGACAAUUUCCUACCUGUUCCCACACACACUGUUUGAUGUUAUCUCAUCGUCUGCUAUUUAUUUUCCUCUCCUCUCACUAGAACAUUUAUUUAUUGGUUUUACAAUUGUGCUGAAAGAUUUUAAACGUUGCAUGUGUAUUCCUAGAGUGCCCAGAAGCCCUUGGUGUGGAGAACGGAUUAAUUUCAGAUGAACAAAUUAGUGCUUCGUCACAGUAUAGCACCGAUCUUAAAGCCUUUUACGGUAGACUCAACCACAAACCAACAGGACCGAUAAAAGGUGCGUGGGCCGCUCUUAGGAAGGAUGAAAGCCAAUGGCUUCAAGUUGACCUCAGUAAUCAUUACACCACAGUAACAGGUGUAGCAACACAAGGCAGAUAUGAACAAAAUCAGUGGGUAACAAGAUACAAACUGCAGUACAGUGCUGAUGGCGUGAGCUUCCAUUACUACUGGGAACAAGGGCAAAGCAAAGAAAAGGUGAAAGCAACAACAAAAACAGGGGGUCAACUUCUCAUAACUUGUCGUCAAUUGUAAUAUAAUGUAUACGGCUUGGCCGAACGGUCAGCCCUUUGGAACUCGCUAUGUUGAUGGAGCUGUAUUUGCUUCUCCUUGUGUCGGAUUUCAAAUCCUCGGCCGAGCAAAAAAUAGUCGACUGUGACUGCUUCCUUUCUUUUGAAUCCUGCUGUGUUCUAUUUGGAUGAUAUUUUUCCUCAUUAUCUAAGUGGAAAGGGCUGUAAAGUAGCGCUAUCAAUUGUGAGUGCAUUUCUAAUCAACAUAUUACAGUUACAAUUCUCCUUUAUUGUCAGCAAAUUAACCUCUUCUAAUUAGCCGCAUCAUUUCUCUAAAGAUGAAUCUGCCUUUGGUUAUGUUAGGAGAACUGCUUAUUCUCUUUAACCAUCUUAAACUAGGAGUUUUCUGGAAACUGGGACAGAGAUACAGUAGUUCAACACGAACUGAACCCACCAAUCAGGGCUCGCUACAUCCGUUUCAGACCAAUGGGUUGGAAUCAUUGGAUUUCAAUGAGGGUGGAGCUUUAUGGCUGUCAAGGUAGCGUAAUUUAAACUGCAUGUGAUAAUAGUAAUGAAAACUACACGAUUUAUAUCAAUGGGUUGAUUCGUUGGGAGUAAAACACCCCACUCUCACUUUUCACAUAAUGUCCAAAAAAAUUCAAACUAAGAAGUUAUCGAUUUAUCUGAGUGUUUACUUUCAAAACACGUUAUGAGAUUUUUUAAAAAUUAAAAACCUUCAUUUAUACAAAUUUUCCUUCGAAAGGGUUCUUCGUUUUCCGAUAGAGGACGCUUGAAUUUCCAAGCAUUUAAGGUACGGUGAACGGGCAACAAAAACGUGCAACUUGUUUUGCAACAUUGCAUUAUUACGCGUUUUACCACCCACGUUCAAACCUGUUUUUCCGCAAAUCAGGAAUGCUGCAGGUUGCGAAAAGUUGUUGCAGAAAGUAGAUAGUAGUUAUGCUUUUUGUACUAACAUUUAAACAUGUUGCGCGUUUUACCGGCCCAAGGCAAACUUGUUUUGCAGUAAGUGACGUAAAUCCCUUGUUUGGAGUGACUCCCGCGUAAUUGUAUCUAAUCAGAAGUCAGUAUUCAUGCAACUUGCAGCAACCUACACUUGUUGCAAGACAGGUUUGAACCUGGGUGGUAAGACGCGAAACAUCACUUUUCGACACUUUUGCAGUAGUGCGCAAAACAAGUUGCCCGUUUUGCCGUGGCUUUAGAAGGUGGCCGGGAAAGCUCCCAUGUAGGUUAAAAAUGUUACCGAUUUUUUUCAAAUUUUGUUUUUUUAAAAAUUCUUAAACUUGUCUAAGAAUAAAUCUUACUUCAAAAGUCUUUAUGAGUUCCCCAAGCGACGAAUUCACGCUUCUUCUAUGAACAACUUAAAGACAGAUUAUUUUGCUUUCCGGCCACCAUAUUUGUGGCCCUCAAUGAUACACCAGCAUGGCGUCUCCAUACAAACCUUAAAGAGUUGCCGUAUCAUGGUGUAAAUAUCCUAAAUUGCCAUGGACAAUUCAAUAACUUAUUAUCUGAUGAGUCAUCUACGAAAAAAUAUCUUGAGAAGCUUUCAAGUACUCAUGAUUUAGAUUUAUUUACUUUAAAUGUCCAAGCAGACAUAAACCCUGACUCCAAUCUCUUUAAUCAACGCAUCCAAAGCCAUUAUUAAGCUUCGUAUAGCUUCAGUAUUUUGAACAAACAACGAUAUUCGCCAAACAAAUCUAACUGUUCAGUGUUUCAUAACAGCGUUAGGAGUUUAGGAGUAACCUAAAAAAUCUGCAAAUACAUUUGCUGGACGAAUUGAAAUAUGGUUUCAGUGUUAUUGGUAUUUCUGAAACAAAAAUUACGGAAGAAAAGGGGUUAAAGAUAGAUUUUUCAGUUUUAUUAGUCAUUCAGACUUUACCUGGAAUAUUGACUAUUAAUAGUAGGGUAGUAUUGUAAGUUCAUUGGGAUUCUUGAUCGGAGACAACUGCGGAGAGUUGUACCAACGCGUUAAUAUCCGUUACCUUGAUCGCUCUGGAUUCUGCGUUCUUCCUAAGGUAAACUGAUGAAUUGUUUGUCCAGCAGUAUUGGUACUGAUUCCUGGUUUUUGAACUUUUUGGCUUCAAAGAAAAAUUCCUGGGUUUUCGGCGUUAGAUGGUCGAAGAUUCCAAUUUUUGAUAGGUCGGCAUUUUCAUCAAAAUUCAGGCUAUAGCAGGGUUGAUGUUACGAGCUUCCCUUCGUCGAGCCAUGACUUUGUCUCGUGCAAGGCGGCGAACAAAUUUACAAAUAACGGGUCGUGGCCCUCCACUUGCUUGUCUCAUUGGUACACGGUGUGCUGAGUCAAUGUCUCUAAUAGGUACAUCAGCGCCCAAAGCCCUAGACGGGCUAACGCACAAGGAGCUUGUUUGUUGUGCAGAUUCUCUUACGUCAACCUUAGGUAACCCGACGACUUUAACAAUAAACUUGUAGCUGUAUUCGCAGUUCAUCAAUGGCUUUUCCGAUGGCGUCUACUUUCGUUCUCAGCUUGACCAGUUCAACACUGAAUUGCUUCAGUUCCAUUUCUGCUUCUUUUUUAAACGAGUUAAAGUAAUCAAAGCCGUCACUAAUGAAUUUAAGGCUUUUAACACCUUCAUUAGGCGUAGGACUAGCGUUGGCACCAGACGAAGCAUCUUGGUCAACUUUUGCUUGAAGCCGGUUAACUGUUUUCGAUAGAGCAUCAAUUUCUGCCUUAAGGGCUUGGUUUUCUUUCUUCAGAAUUGCAGUAGAUUCGGGCAUGUUUGAAAUGCGAUAAUAGAAGAGACUAUAUAAUAGAAAACUAGGUAAAAUGAUCAAAGUUUGAGGAGCUCAAACUUCAACGUCCAUAUUGGUCAACUCACCGCUAACCUUUGUCGGUUUGGAUCCAGCAAUCCAAAGAAAUUAAGAAUUCGCUGAACUAAUGACGCUUCGUUCCUGACCAAAUUUCUAAAGGGCAUUUCAGUCAGUAAAGUUGCUAAUUUUUUUUUUCAGUCAGUUUUUGCUAAUUUGUUUGUCUAGAAUUAUUCAUAUUGGAUCCACCGUCUAACAUGACAGCAAAACAUUCAUCUCCUUCCUCACUUGUGAUUCAGUGGAAUUCCUAUUUUGGUAAUGCCAAUUUGUUAGGCUACCGAGUAAUGGUAUUCAAACAGGGACGCAAAAAACGCAGAGUGGGCAGUAUAUCUCAAGAACUGGUGAAAAAUUUUACUGUUGGACCAAAUGUUACUGAGGCGGAAAUUGGUAAUCUCUCGUCAUUUACUACGUACUGUGUGAAAAUUGGUGUCAUUGCAAAAGAAGGUAUCGGAAAUGUUAGCCAAUGUUUCUAUUUCAGCACUGAAAAAGGUAAGUCCGGGUUUUUGUAA